GCGAAGACGUGGCAACCGGACUUUCGUUAUCAGGCUGACAGGUAGGCUCGUACCUAACCCCACCCACCGUCCCCUCCUACCCAUCAAAGCAGAACGUCUCUUCUGUCUCCCUUGCACCACCGAACGCGCACAGACCCUCCCAUUGACGUUUCUGUCUAGUGUCCGACAUCAACACAAGCGGCAAAGGCGACAACAAGAACAGCAGGGCGCCAGAAAGCAGCGCGGCGUGCCGGCAGGACAGAGCCGUUCCUAAGGGUGCAGCAAGCUGCGCGGCCUGCGCCCAUGAGCGGCAUACAUACGACAACCCAUGAUACGCAUCUGCGACACACCUUCCCAACCCACCCACCCAAUUCCCUUAAGACACGGCAUGCAACCUAGCACCCGUACCCCUGGUUGGGACAAUACUUUACGGGCGGCGGCGGCGGCGGCGGCGGCUGCGGCGGCAGCAGCGGGGGCGCGUGCGCGCAUCUUGGUAGCGGACGGGGCGGGAAAUAAAGGCCACGUGGAGGAGGAGAGCGCAGCGCCGCCCAAGAAGCGGCGCAAGCGCGCAGGCUGAGGAGCCGGCUGGUGUCUAGGUAGCGGUCCGCGGUGGGGCUGGCAGGGCAUGCGUAGCGGCACGACAAGCAGUGCGGCUGUUGACAACUGUGCUGCGUCUGGCUGCGGUUGGCUCUGCUGUGGCAUCGCGAUUGCUAGGCACCUGGUUUGGCUAUGUGCCUGUGGAAACCGACCCCGGCUAUGUCCGGGCGAUGAGGUUUUUCGGCCUCAGACUGUGGAGGGGCUCAGCCCCUUUUCCCGUGACCGGGGAACACUUGUCGUUCCUAAGGGGUAUAACGAACUCGGGCACCUGCAUGCAAAAGAUUGUACGGAGAAGCAGCAAUUCAUAUGAGGGUAAGUGCUUGCCAUGUGGUCUUUCCAACGUUGUGCUCGCUGGCCUUCUCGGCUUCGGAUUGUUAGUCUUAAACGCAUUCUCGAUAAAUGGUGUGGGCCCAUGAAGCCUAGCUAUAGUAGG